CCCACCCGACACAGUUACUGGAGUGCUCUGCUAGACCUAGCGACUGCUACCUGCCGAAUCGCGCGUGCGCCUGCCAGAAAAAGCGAUGGGCUCCCGUUUCGGAACAGCAUCGGGGGUCAAUUCCGGCGCCUGGAGUCAACCGGACGAGUCCUCUUCCACCUACGCCUUCACACGCGCGGCGGCCGCGGUGGUCGUGGAGGUGGAGCAGAGCAGAAGAUGAUGAUGAGGAGGGAAGCGGCGUGAACCACCGAAUCUCGCGGUCGCGGACGGAGCGGCGGCGCGGGCGAGCGAGUCUCUCUCUCUCUCUCUCUCUCUCUAUGCGUGCAAGCUUUCAAAGGAACUUCUCUGAUGCUACAGUAAUAAUAGAAGAAAAAUGGAGCUGCUCAACAUUAUUCUAGUUAUAGCAUCUUUACUCCCAUUCUCAGCAUCUGAUCGUCAAGGUGAUGCCUUGUACGAUAUGAAGCUGAAACUAAAUGCUACUGGCAGUCAGCUUUCUGAUUGGAACCAAAAUCAAGUUAACCCCUGCACUUGGAAUUCUGUUAUUUGUGACAAUAACAACAAUGUCGUGCAAGUAACAUUGGCUUCUAUGGGGUUUACUGGAGUUCUGUCACCAAGAAUCGGAGAUCUGGAGUAUUUAAAUGUUCUGUCCUUGCCUGGUAACAACAUCACUGGUGGCAUACCAGAGCAGUUUGGCAACCUCUCUCGGUUGACAAGCUUAGAUUUGGAAAACAACCUGUUGGUUGGGCCAAUACCGGCUUCUCUUGGCAGACUUUCAAAGCUCCAGCUUCUGAUACUAAGUCAAAACAAUCUCAAUGGCUCUAUUCCUGAUACGAUAGCAAGCAUCUCAAGCUUGACAGACAUUCGGCUGGCUUACAAUAAACUCACUGGUCAAAUACCAUCCCAGCUGUUUCAAGUUGCACGUUACAAUUUUUCAGGUAAUAACUUGACCUGUGGAGCAAACUUCCUCCAUCAGUGUGCCUCAAACAUGUCUUACCAAGGUUCAUCCCAUGGUUCGACAAUAGGCAUUGUCCUUGGAACAGUUGGAGGUCUGAUGGGGCUUCUAAUCAUAGGGGCUAUAUUCAUUAUCUGUAAUGGAAGGAGGAAAAGCCAUCUACGUGAAGUAUUUGUGGAUGUAUCAGGUGAGGAUGAUCGUAGAAUUGCAUUUGGCCAGUUGAAAAGAUUUGCAUGGCGAGAAUUGCAACUUGCAACUGAUAAUUUCAGUGAGAAAAAUGUUCUUGGACAAGGGGGCUUUGGGAAAGUAUAUAAAGGAGCACUUCCAGAUGGCACUAAGAUUGCUGUAAAACGGUUAACUGAUUACGAAAGUCCUGGUGGAGAGGCUGCUUUCUUGCGUGAGGUUGAGCUGAUUAGUGUUGCAGUUCACCGGAAUCUUUUAAGAUUGAUUGGUUUCUGUACAACACAAACAGAGCGCCUGCUUGUUUAUCCUUUCAUGCAGAAUCUUAGUGUGGCCUACCGUCUACGAGAAUUUAAACCUGGGGAGCCAAUAUUAGAUUGGUCUGCAAGGAAGCGAGUGGCUAUAGGCACAGCUCGUGGACUGGAGUAUUUGCACGAGCACUGCAAUCCUAAGAUUAUACAUCGUGACGUCAAGGCUGCCAAUGUCUUGCUUGAUGAAGGUUUUGAACCGGUUGUUGGUGAUUUCGGCUUGGCCAAGCUGGUGGAUGUACAGAAGACAUCUGUGACUACUCAGGUCCGUGGAACUAUGGGUCACAUUGCCCCUGAAUAUUUGUCCACUGGGAAGUCAUCCGAGAGAACCGAUGUUUUUGGUUACGGCAUAAUGCUUCUCGAGCUAGUCACUGGUCAGCGUGCCAUAGACUUUUCACGUCUGGAGGAAGAAGAUGAUGUGUUAUUACUUGAUCAUGUCAAGAAGCUGCAAAGGGAAGGGCAUCUCGACGCCAUAGUUGACCGUAACCUGAACAACAAUUACAACGGGCAGGAGGUGGAGAUGAUGAUCCAGAUCGCGCUGCUCUGCACGCAGGCUUCGCCUGAGGACCGGCCGUCCAUGUCCGAGGUGGUCCGGAUGCUGGAAGGCGAGGGCCUCGCAGAGAGGUGGGAGGAGUGGCAGCAGGUGGAGGUGACGAGGAGGCAGGACUACGAGCGGAUGCAGCAGCGGUUCGACUGGGGUGAGGACUCCGUCUACAACCAGGACGCCAUCGAACUGUCCGCCGGCAGGUAACGACGUCGGGUCACACGGAGCUUCAGCUUGUCGUCGACGUCGCAGGGCUGACAUGUAACUAUAUGUAUGUAAGGCAUUGUUGCAAAGCUUGUUAGCAAAAUUUGUGCCACUUGGCGUUGAUACGUGCCUGUAUUUUAUAAUGUGUAUAAGGAUGAUUUAAAGGGGUUCAGGUGUUAACCAGCUCCCACCCCUGUAAUUUGUAGAGUGGGGGAAAGCUGGGGACGCAUGUGCCGCCUGGUUGAAACUUGAAACCACAUCACAUGCAAGCUGCAAGCACCGGCUUGGCGAAGCCGAGUCAUUCUCAGCCAGUUUGCGCUACCACGUGCUUCGUGUUGUUGACUUGUA